AUGCAGCACUAUGACAGCAUCGAGGAUGCAGCGGGCCAUGGAGACCUCGAGUACAUUCAGUCCGUGCUCGCGAUGGACAAGAUUCUCUACUUGACGGAGGGUGCCAUGGACAUGGCAGCGGAGUACGGACACCUUCACGUUGUCCAGUGGCUUCAUGCCAAUACCCCAGAAGGAUGCACAGAGGCUGCGAUGGACAGAGCUGCAACAAAUGGUCACAUCCAUGUCGUCACGUGGCUUCACGAGCAUCGACAGGAAGGGUGUACUACAAAUGCAAUGGACGGCGCCGCCAGUCGUGGAAACUUGGAGAUCGUGAAGUGGCUCCACACGAAUCGAUCAGAAGGUGCAAGUGUCGCUGCCAUGGAUGGUGCCGCCAGCCAUGGACAUUUGGAUGUUGUGCAGUGGUUGCACCAAUUCCGCACAGACGGGUGUACUGUGAAAGCGAUGAAUCAUGCCGCCGCUCACGGCUUCCUCCAUGUUGUCGAGUGGUUGCACGAGCACCGACUGGAGAGGUGCUCCGAAGAAGCGAUAAAAGGCGCGAUCAAGUACGGGUUCCUUCAAGUCGUCCAGUUUCUCAUCGCCCACGACUACUACGACGCAACGCACUGCCACCUGUACCUUCACUACGCUGCAAAGUGCGGCCACCUCGACAUCGUCAAGCACUUCGUCUCAUUCCAACCAACUCCUUUCACUUCAGAUACCCAAGAUAGCAUCGUGUCGGCACUUGAUGUUGCUGCUCGGUAUGGCCACUUGAAAGUCGUUUGGUUUCUGUUUCAAUGUGUUGGUCACGCCAGCCCCAGCGCCAUCGAUCACGCUGCCGGCAACGGAUUCUUGGACAUUGUGUCAUUCCUCCACGAGCACGGUCAGACCUGCACCACGCGUGCGUUGGACAAAGCCAGCGAGCACGGAUGCACAGAGAUUGUUGCGUUUCUGUUGCAUCACCGACAAGAAGGAUGCACGACACACGCCAUGGAUAACGCGGCAGCCAAUGGCCACUUCGACGUCCUUCGACUUCUCUCCGCUAGCUCUGCCACGUGCACCGGUCAGGCGUUGACCGCGGCAGCAGCCAGUGGACACGGCACCAUUGUAAAUUUUUUACUGAACAAGUACCCUCAAGCGAACUGGCCGAUUCAAGACGCGAUCAACUCCGCCAAGUUGAACCGGCAUCGCAUCAUCGUCGAUGCGUUGGAGAUGGAGCUCGUAUCAAGCGGCAUGACCAAACAACUGAACGUACACGACAAUGCAGCGCCCUCUUCCGUCGUCAUUGCCGCCGGUCGUGGCGUCCGAAGCGCGUAG